AUGGCUUUCCUGUUUAAAUCCAAGAAGAACCAACCGGGAACUGCGCUCCCUGCCGCGACGAGAAGUGUCCACACUUCCGAGGGCGCUCCAUCUACCAACAUCUCGUCAAUCAGCAAUGGGCCCAAGACCGAAGGGAACGCCUUCUCCCAGACACCGACUCCAAGCAGCAGCUACAACAACUCUUUGAAUUCCGCAACGAGUCCUACCAGUCCGGAUAACGUGAAAAUGCGUCAGAGGGCGGAAUCAGAAUCCCAGGCCCAACGACCGCAGCAGACUCCCAAUGGGGUAUCUCCGCAAAGUCCAAACUCUUCCCUCUAUCCGUGGUCACAGCGCCGACUCAAUUUCUCUUCGCCGCAAGCCAAUCCGUUCCCCCGAUAUGGCGCCGCAAUCAAUGCAGUCGCAUCGAAGGAGGGCGAUAUCUACAUGAUGGGUGGAUUGAUCGAUGGAUCGACCGUAAAGGGAGAUUUAUGGAUGAUUGAAAGCAGCGGUGGCAGCUUGUCGUGUUUCCAAGUCGCAACCGUUUCUGAGGGUCCUGGUCCCCGAGUUGGUCAUGCCAGCUUGCUUGUCGGAAAUGCGUUCAUUGUGUUUGGCGGUGAUACUAAAAUCAACGAGAAUGAUGCAUUGGACGACACAUUAUACCUGCUCAACACCUCUUCUCGUCAGUGGUCUCGCGCUAUUCCACCUGGUUCCCGCCCCUCGGGACGAUACGGUCAUACAUUGAAUAUCCUGGGAUCUAAACUUUACGUGUUUGGUGGACAGGUUGAAGGGUUCUUCUUCAAUGAUUUGAUUGCGUGGUCCCCGGAAGGCCAAAUUCCCCCGGCACGAACCAACCACACCAUUGUGACAUACAAUGACAAAUUGUUCUUAUUCGGAGGAACAAACGGUGUAAAAUGGUUCAACGAUGUCUGGGCAUUUGACCCUCGUGUCGGCACAUGGGCUGAAAUGGACUGUGUCGGAUUUAUCCCGACACCUAGAGAAGGCCACGCUUCUGCUCUUGUGAAUGACGUGAUGUAUGUGUUUGGUGGUCGAACUGACGAAGGAAUGGAUCUUGGUGAUCUUUCUGCCUUCCGCAUCUCGACGCGACGCUGGUACUCCUUCCAGAACAUGGGACCGGCUCCGUCACCGCGAUCUGGACACAGCAUGACAGCCUUCGGGAAACAAAUCAUCAUUAUGGCCGGCGAACCAAGCUCGGCCCCCAGAGACGCUGCCGAGCUGAGCAUGGCUUAUAUCCUUGACACUUCCAAGAUCCGUUAUCCCAACGAAUCGCAGAACAGUGAACGCAGCGCCUUGCCUGGCGGUCGGAAAGUGAGCACCGACAAGCAGGGCCCGCCGUCAGGACGUACAUCUCGAGAGGCGCAAAACGCAACUCCAGAUCAACUGCGUCGUGGACCGACCCCAUCGCGCGAAAGUCUGAUUCAAGCUGCGGCCGGCCGACAGGGCGAAUUUGGAUCAAAUCCCAAUUUGGGCCCAGGUUCCCGACUCCCACGAGCCUCGAUUGCUCAAGCGCCUUCUGGACCGCCUCCGCCCGGGCAGGCACCUUCUCCGGGCCCCCGCAGCAAUGGGCCCCAACCCGCGAAGGAUUCCCGCAGCAAGACUCCUACGAAAAAUGAUCGUGGCUUCACUCCAACCGUCGAUGUCUUGGCUGCCAAUGCUGAUCGGAACGUUGAGUCGCCCGUUGCGAAAGAUGGCCCGCAGGACGGCCCAGGUUCGUCAGGUCAACGGACUCCAACACAGCCACAACAAAAAAUCACAGCCAAGGCAAUGGAAACUGGCGAGGCGGCUCCCAUGAUUACUACCCCGGCUCGCCAACGAUCACUGCAAAAGCACCGGCAGCGCGGUUCUAUGGACAGCGCUGAGGAAUCUGUCCUUGGUGCCCGCCAAGUGAGCAUUGAUGGCUCAGUAGAGUCUCGCAGCUUCCGCAACUCUCGCAGCCUUGGGGAUGAGCCGCGGUCACCAAGGCUGACGCCUCAUCAAGAAGCGUUGAUCAAGGAGUUGGAAUCUACGAAGGCGCGAAACGCUUGGUACGUAUCCGAGCUGGCGCUGGCCAAGAAGGCUGGCUACAUGCCGAACGCCUCUAGCGGUCCUAUGUUGGAUGAGCGUGCCAGGGAAUACUUCAAUGAUGAGGACCGCCCUCUUCUAGAGGCAUUCCUUCAAAUGCGGGACAAUCUUGCCAAGAUGCAGGCAACCGUGGACCGACAAGCAUCCAUUGCCUCUAAGCGCAUUGCUGAAGUGGAGCACCAACGCGAUGUGGCUGUCAACGAGGCUGCAUACUCACGAGCGAGGCUCGCAGCUCAGGGCGGUAGUCAACGAGGCACUCCACAGCCCGAGAGCUCUCGCGACAGAGAUGAUGGAGUUGAGCGUCCUACUGAUAUGGGCCGUCGUCUUGCAUUGGCUCUUGCAUCGCAGUCCGAGCUCAAGACCAAGCUGGAAAUUAUGUCCGUUGAGCUUGCUCAAGAGAAACAAGCCAAGGAGCUGGCCGAGGAUACCAAUGAAGCCACAAGGAAACGCCUGGCAGAGCUUGAGAUGUCGAAUAACGCCCUCGAGGCUGAGAACCUGCGCGCUGAACUGCACCGCGCCGAGGCUUCUGCUAGAGAGGAAUCGUUAUUGCGCGCUGAGGCUGAGGCUGCUUUGAAACAGCUCAGCUUGGAUAAAGAGGAGUUGUUGAAGCGGAUUGAGGAUUCUUCGAGUCGAUUGAAGGACUUUGGCUCCAACUUUGGCAGCUUACGCGAAGCUGUUGCCGCGUCCGCUACCAAGACGACGAUUCUUGAGAGACAACUUGAGGAAGAAAGAGAGCGCCGUGAGGGUUUGGAGAGGAAGCUUUUGCAGCUCCGAUCUGAAUAUGAAGAGCAGUCCACAGAGUUGGAGAACACAAUCCGUCGUCUGCGUGAUGCAGAGGAGCUGGCCGAGAUUCAUGCCAAGGAGGCUGAGACACAUAAGCUGGCGUUUGUGUCAGGCCUCGAACGUGCAUCAUCCACUGAUCUGAAUGUCUCGAUUCGGUCCCUUGCUGACCAGCGAGUGGCUGCUCUCGAGGCUCAGGUCGAGAGAUCCACUACCCUGGCCAAGGCCAAUCAGGCAGCAGCGGAUGCUGCAGCCGACAAAUUGCGCCGGGCUGAAGAGCGUAUCGCUGGUCUUGAGGCGUAUCAAGAGCAGGCCAGUCGGGAGGGUUUGCAACUAAGGAGACAACUCCAGACCGCCAUGAAGGAAAGCCAAGCAGCCGCCGCCGAAAGCCGGGACUUGAAGGCCCAACUUGAAGCUCAGCAGCGCGAGGCUGGGGCAUUGACCAUUCAGCAUGCUGCUCUGAAGGAUCUUCUUGGUGAACGAGGCGUUAGUACAGAUAGCAGACGUUCUCCUCGCUUAGAAUCGCCAGGGUCACGCUUCGGAACACCCGAGCAAGGCAGACUUCGAGAAUUGGAGCAACAGCUCUCCGCCAGUCUGAAAGCACAUGAGGACAUGAAAUCCACUUUCGAAUCCCGCGAACAAGAGGCCGAUAAAGCGUUCCGGGAGAAGCUGGAACAGCUCGAGAACGACUACCAGUCGGCGGUUCAUUACGUCAAGGGAACCGAGAAGAUGCUGAAGCGCAUGAAGGAUGAGUUGAGCCGAUACAAGUCUCAGAAUGCCAAGAUGCAGUCAGACCUUGAAGCUGCUCACAAGAGUCUGGAGACCACUGGCAUCCAGGGAGACGCUUCUAGCGAGUGGGAGGCUGAGCGUAACCGACUUCAGAAGUCGAUAUCUGACCUGGAGCAAAAAUCAUCAUGGUCGGUGGAGAAUUUAGAGGGACAAAUCUUGCAGUUGAAGAAUGACCUCGCCGCUGCGGAGGCUGAGAAGGAGCAGUCUCAGAAGGAGCAUGAUCGUCUCAGGCAAGAAUUGCUCUCCUCCGUUGAGCGAAGCCGUGCCGAACUUGACCAGCUCAGGGAAGAAAACGCCCUCCUGGAGACCCGCGCUACAGAUGCUGAGCAGAAGGUCAACAUGCUUCUGGAGCAGGUCGAAACCUCGGUGGGACAUUACCGUCGUCAGUCUCAACAUGCUCCGGGUACUAAUGGCAUUACUCGCAGCCAUAGUAAUGCCUCUUCCACCGCGGCGGUUGGUCGAGCCCGCGCCGAUAGCAACGUAUCGCAGGAGUCUAUUACUUUCCCAGAUAACCGUGGCUCCAUGGCCUUGGACUCUCUCGCCAACGAGCUAGAGGCUCUCCGCACCCACUGGGAGAGCACUAACCGCAAUUACCGUCUCAGUAGCCAACUGGACAUGGAUCGGACCCCCACCAAGGAGACUAGCGAAGGGGCCUGCCAUGAUGAAUGA